AUGGCCGAAGGCGAGCAAGCCGCUGCUCCUGUCGAGCACCUCAACAUCAAGGUUACUGAUAACAACAACGAGGUCUUCUUCAAGAUCAAGCGGUCCACACCGUUGAAGAAGCUCAUGGAUGCUUUCUGCGAUCGCCAGGGAAAGCAGUUUGCUACCGUUCGCUUCCUGUUCGAUGGUACUCGUGUGCGCCCCGAUGAUACCCCCGAUGGACUUGAUAUGACCGAUGGUGACACCCUGGAGGUGCACCAAGAACAAAUUGGAGGCUGUUAA